AUGCCCUGCGUGUGCGGACGAACUGACCGUGGGACUCUAGCCGAACCCAACAGAAUGGUGAAAAAUUAUUUAAAUGCAUUGAAGAUUCAUUGCGUUUACAACAACAGAGGUUGUCAGGAGAUCCUACAACUGCAACAUCUUGACAACCAUGAGGCUACAUGUGGAUUUACACCAACCGUUUGUACAAACCAAGGCUGUGGCGAAGCUUUAAACCAGCGUGAUCUUGUUCACCAUCAAAGUGAACUAUGUGAAUUUCGCAAGUUGAAGUCCCACUUGUGCGGAGAAAUGGAAAAAAGAAUGGCGAAUCUCGAGAAGAAUAUGGGGAAAAAUGCGGCAGAUAUGGAAGGAAAACUCGAAACAGUAAAUAAUGAAGUGAGAGGAUUGAAAACAGCUUUGAUUGAAGGUUUUGAUGAAAUGAAGGAUGUUCUUGUCAAGAUGGAGGACAAGAUAGAAGAAAACACAAGAAAAGUAAGAAAUACAGCAAGUGGUGAUAAGGAAAAUAUCAUUGUUGCUGGAGGUUAUGGAGUUGACUCUGUAGAGAUGUUUAACUGGCGUCAAAGAACAUGGUCGCCAUUACAAUCCAUUCCAAAGAAGCGUUGGGGAGCAACUUCAUUUGUGUACAACAAUCAUGUGACAAUUUCUGGAGGUAUUUGUUCUGGCCGUGUCGAUGAUGUGAUUAGAAUGAAUAUCAACCCGAACCCUGAUCUCUCAAUACACUGGAGUGACUGUCCUGUUAAACUACCUUCUAAGUUAGCAUACCACAGCAAUGUGCUGUAUAAUGAUCACUUGAUAGUCACAGGUGGUUGUAAGGGAAAUGCACUGUCUCAGUGUAUUCAUGAAAUCCAACUGGUUCCUCCGUAUACUUCGAAGAUCUUAUCAAGAAUUCCAGAACAAAGACAAUUUCACAGCACGCAACUAUUCAAUGAUAACUUGUUGAUCGUUGGUGGAAGAACAACUGAAAAAUCUCGAGACAACCUCAGCAGUGUCGUACUGUAUGAUAUAAAGAAGAAUGAAUGUAAACAGUUGGCACCACUGCCGUAUGAAGUGAGUAAGAUGGCAACUGUGAGAUGGGGAGACAACAUCGUUAUCAUAGGCGGCGUUGACAAACAUGGCAAUGAAUUAGAUACAGUUAUCAUUUACAAUGUCAAGACUGAACAAAGUCACUUGCUGCCGCCAAUGAGAUGUAAGAGACGGGGAUGUACUGCAGUUGUUAUUGGAAACAACAUUGUAGUACUGGGAGGAGAUGAUGAGCGGCGACGUGACUUAAAGUCAGUUGAAUCUUUCAACUUUGGAAGUUAUACUUGGCAAGAACUUCCAGAAAUGUCUCAAGCAAGAAGUUUUCACGCUACCGUUGUUUGUGAACAGUGUAAGAAUGUUGAACUCAUUUCUUCGAGACAACAAGUUCUAUAUAUUUAA